CGCGCGUUCAAGUCGAUCCUCAACAAGCUCACGCCGCAGAACUUUGAGAAGCUCCUCGAGCAGGUUCUCGCCGAGGGCAUCGACGAGGCGCAGACCCUCAUCGGCCUCAUCGGUCAGCUCUUCGACAAGGCGCUCACCGAGCCCACGUUCGCGGAGCUGUACGCGAUGAUGUGCCAGCAGCUGAGCAACAGGUUCCUCGCCGAGAACAUCGAGUUUGUCGACCCGGAUUGCGACCCAGACGCCGAGGGCGGACCGCGGAUGAUCAACUUUAAGCGCGUGCUGCUGAACAAGUGCCAGGAGGAGUUCGAGAAGGGCGACUCCGCGAUCAAGGCUGAGGAGAAGGAGGAGGGCGAGGUGCCCGCCAAGCCCAAGACUCCGGAGGAGCUCGAGCUCGACGAGCGACGCAAGAUUCAGCAGCGCGAGGACCGCAUGAGGCAGGCGCGCCGGCGCAUGCUCGGGAACAUCCGCUUCAUCGGCGAGCUCUUCAAGAAGGAGAUGCUCACCGCGCGCAUCAUGCACACGUGCAUCAUGAAGCUGCUCAACGAGAAGAAGAACCCCGACGAGGAGGAUGUCGAGGCGCUGUGCAAGCUCAUGGCGACAAUCGGUCGGCUCAUCGACAGGCCCGACGCCAAAUCCCACAUGGACGCCUACUUCAAGCGCAUCCAGGGCCUGUCCGUCAACAAGUCCAUCUCCUCCAGGCACAGGUUCAUGUGCCAGGACAUCAUGGAGAUGCGAUCCAAGGGCUGGCGCGAGCGCAGAAAGCAGGAGGGUCCCAAGAAGAUUGAGGACGUCCACAAGGAUGCC